GGAGGAAUGUAAGGUUUGAUUGUUAUCGAUAGCGUUAAUGUCCUUGCUGUGGCCAUGCUUGCUGUAGUUAGUGUUUUCGGUCAGUCUUAUUUUUUUUAUCUGAUAUUUAUGGCAUACGUGAAAAAAAAAAACAAAUAAUCUUUUCGAAACGUGACUGAAUCAUGAACCGAGCCUUGUACCGGCUUACCGCAUUUCCAAAACGGGUCGUCGCUGUCGUACGGCCCGUUGCUCGGACAGCGAACUCUUCGUUAUCGAUAAGUCGGCCCACGCCAUUCUUACAGCAAGACGGUCUCUUGAGACGUAACAUCAUUGCCAAUGAUCCGAAUUAUCGUGAAACGACCAUCGAGGUCCGAAUCGAUUGGCCCGUUGUGACGGAUGAGCGGUUCGCCGCCCUGUCGUCGCAGGACUGGAGCGCCGCAACAGUGGAUGAGGUGUGUGACAAUUUUCUGUUGAUAACGUCAUACUCGGCUCCCAGAGGUCUCCAACUUCAGGAUACUGUAUUCGACGAACUGCGGAAUCGAUUGGUAACGAUUUUGCCUGACAUGACUGAUCAACAGUUGAUGGAUAUGUUGCAGCUGAUCGCCCGAUGGAAUGUGAAAAACCCCUAUGACCCUAUUUAUCGUAAGUUUUGGUCACUAUUUGACAAACAGUGUAUCGCCAGGUACAAAAAUUGGAGCCUAAACAAACUUCUGCUCUACAUGGAUCAUUGGUACGCGAUGGGUUUGAUCAAGUUAAGUGACUUUGUUUGGUUAAGCGUGAGAAAACUGGCACGUAAACCGUCCAGGUAUGUUAGUGGUUAUUACCAUAUUAAAAUUCACAUCAUAACUUGUAAGCAAGUAUCUAUAUAAAUGUAUAAGUAUUUAUUUUAACAAAUUAAUUUCAGGUUGACCCCAAAUCAAUUAAUUCAGAUGAUAUUUUAUGCAAACUAUGCCAGGAAGUUUUCACACAAAUUGCCAAUGUAUGAAAUUGAACAAGAAGUUUCUUCGUAUUACAAUGAUUUUAAUAUUAAGGAAUUGAGCCUUGUAGCUCUAUGUUUUUUCAAGACUGAAAUGACCAUACGUAAUCAAGAACUAGUAAAACAAAUGUACAAUUCUGUAAUUAAUGAAAUAACAAACAUUGAAGUAGUCCAGUUAACAACAUUUUUGAAGGUAUGAAUCAAUUUAUUAUUACAAAAAUGCCUAAUUAAACAAUCUUGAUUUUUUAAAAAUUGUAUGUUUAAUUGGUGUGUUAUCAUAUAAUUUGAAAUUUUGAAAUAUUUUUUAUCUUAAUGCACUGAAAUAAUACUAAACAUUUUUAAAGCUCUAGUUCGUCAUCCAUUUAAUAAUCAAACAAAUUAUUUUUAUUUUUUUAGUAACUUUAUUUUCUAUGUAUCCAGAUAUUUAUUUACUGCACAAAGUACUCAAACGCUGACUCUAUGUACAAACUUAUGGAUGUCCUUGUAGAAAAAGUGAAUGAAGUAGAUCUUAUAUGUUGUAUACAUAUGGCACUAUUGGGAACUAAAUUAAUGAUAAGACAUGAAAAACUCUUGAAGACAAUUUCACAACGUAUAGUUAAUGAAAUAUCGCAAGCACGAAUAAAGGUACUUAACAUGAAACCUAUUAGAAUUAUAAUUUACUAAAUCUGUUUUGUUUACAAGGAUAUGGAAAGACUAAUGUUUGCACUGAGCACGUUAAAUUAUAAUCCACACACAACACCUUGUAUAUUUGAGUCCAUUGUUAAAGAAUUAAGGAAUAAUUCAAGAAGUAUUGAUUUUGAAAGACAUACUAAAAGUUACAUUCUUGUUCUUUCAAACUUGGCAGUUAUGGGUAUUUUUCCAUACGAUUGUAUUUCAAAAGCUCUAAAAAAAGAAAUGCUUCAUAAGUGUUUUGGUGAGUGUAAAAAUGAUCUAACUAUAUCCUCUAUAAUAAUUUGAACACAUUUUUAGCUAACCAUUUAGUGAAAUCUAAACUGAGUAAUUUUGGAUAAUGAUAAAAUUUUUAAAAUAUAGACGAAUAAUUUCCAUAAUUAUUUGUUUGUGUGUCCCAUAAUUUAACCUAAUAAUAUUUUUAGGUUCUGAGUGAAGCAAAGAAGCUUAUGGUUUUACAAUAAUGUUUUUUUUAUUUAUUUGUUUUUUUUUUCUGUGGACAACUUGACAACCAACAAUUUUACUCUGAUUGACAAUGAUAGCACAUUUUCUGAAAGAAAAUCUAACCUGUGUUGUAUUUUAGGGAUAUUAUUUUUUAAUUUUACCAGAAUUUUCGAGAAAAUAGGUACAUUAUUCAAAAAAAAUAUAUAAUUAUUUUACCAUAUAUAUUGUUGACAAAGCAACACUAUCAACUGAACUCCACUCAGAAUCGUAUUUUAUUAGCAAUGGUUUAUUGUUACUUACAAAUAUACAUUAAAUUUACCCUCUACUACCAUCUUAACGUCUCAACAAUAAAACUAUAAUAGUGACUGCACCUAUCCUUAUUAUUCUAGGACAGCUUUUUUAGUAAUAUAAUUUUAAAAUACUUUGAAAACUCUUUAAGACUAAUGUUUUUAAUAAAACUUUGAUAAUUAAAAAAACUUUAGUAAGUCAUAAGCCUGGAUAAGUAAAGCGCAAAGACAGUCUCAUACUGAUAUAAUGGAGUCUUAGUGUUCUUUCAUAUGGCUCCCUUAAAAUAAAAAACUGUAGAAAAUAUCUAAAUUUAAACUUCUUGUUCAAACUUCUCAAUAAUAAAAAAGAUUGUAGCCCUUUAUUAUAGAAAAUUAAUUUCAGAACCAACCCAAAGAACAAUGGAAACUGGUGCAGCCACUGUUAUAAGUAAUUUAAUGUAUAUCUGUAAACAAUGAUAAACCAUUGAUUAAAAAAAAAUGAUUCUGAGAGGAGUUCAUUUGUUAGUGAUUCUUUGUCAACAAUAUAUAUGUCAUAUUAUGGAAAAAUAAUAAUAAAUAGACAUAUUUUUUUUUAAUAAUAUUUGUUUAAUAUUUUAUCGGUUUUUCCAUGUUCUCUCCCCCCCCCCCAAAUUAUUAAAUUUUACAUAUGUCUAUUGUCUAUAAGCAAUGAUUAAUCAGCUCUAAAGAAAAACAAUUUUAAGCAGAACUUGGUUAAUAGUAUUGUUUUUUUCAAUAAUAUACGUCCUAUUUCCUUUUACCUACCUAAAGUAAUUUUGCAAACAAUUUCGGGACUUGAUUUUGAACUAGUAAUUUCUAGAAAAAUAACAGAUACAUACUAUCACUACACUACAACAGACAUAUUACAAAAUUGAUAGUAUUGAGUUAUAACAUGACACAUACAAUACACAUAAUUUCAUAACUUAUAUAAAUUUGAACCUCAGUCAGUCUGCUCAAUUCUGACCUCACCAUCAUUCUUAAAUCAGUAAUAUAUUUAUAUGCUGGAAAAAAAAUAUUGAACAAUUUGCACGGACCACUAAGUAAGACUUUUGAAUGAACCUGUUAUUAAAUUUUCAAGUAUUUUUGUAUUUUUAUUAUUUUAAGUCUAACAAUUAUAUCCACCUAGUAUUUUGAAAAUGUUACCAUGUUUAGAAAAGGUAAUUAUAAUUUUUAUGUCCAAAUUUCAAAUCUGAAAACUGCUUGGAAAAUCAAAAAGUUUAUCUAGAGUACUAUCUAGACAAAAUUUCCUUUAAAAAAUGGUACUACAUUUAUAUAUAGAAGCAAGAUUUAUAUAAAAAAAAUAAAAUAAACAUUGUAAAACCAAUUCAUUCUUCACUACAUAUUAAAAAUAAAAACAAAUAAUCAUACACUCUGAACUGAGGAACCACAGAAACACAAAAUGAGAAAAUCUUGUAAGAGAAUAAUUGAAUAUCUUAUUAAUUUUUUGAGUCAUUUGUUUAUAGAACAUGAUAUUGUAUUAAUAUUGAAAUAAAUACUUACUUUUCAGGAUUAAUUUAUAUUUACAAUUUACAAUUUAAAUUAUUUGCAUUGUAUUAACAAACAGCAAUCUUUAAAUGAUUCUUCUUUGGAUUUCUCCUCAAUAUUUCACUAAGAUUUAUUUAAUUUGCUAAUUAAUUAAUAAUUAUAUAUUCCAUAUUAUUAGUCUUUAUAUGAUUUCAAGGGGGACUUAAUUUCUUCUUUCUAAAAUUGUUAUUUAGAAAUAUUUUAAUAGUGUAUGUUUUAAUUAUGACUUUUUUUUUUUUAAGGAAAACGGCUAUCUAGAUUUUCUGUUCCACGUGAUAUUGUAUCAUUAAAUAAUAGUUUGCUUAUAGAAUGUCCAGACUAUUCUGGUCCAUUGUUACCAGAUGUAUUAAAAGUAUCAUGUAACGAAGUAAGUUAAAUUAUUGGGCAUUAUUAUUAAUUAUUUGAGUACCUACUUCUCUUUAAAAAUAUCUAAUCAUAAUAUCUCUUUAUAACCUUAUUAUUGUUACUAUUAUCUAAUUCUCUAUCUAUGGUUAAAACCAUGCUCAGCAGUGAAGCCUUUUUUAGUUUUUUAAUAGAGGUGCUAACAUUUAAGCAGGCUACUUUUUUUUCAUAGUAAUUGUAUUCAUGCGGAAAUUACUGGUUAUAAUAUAUUACUAUAUUAGAAUAAUUAUAGUAUUUUAAUUCCGCAAGUUUUGUAUGUAAUUUUUAUUUAGUAGGUAUUUUGUAGUAAAAUUGUUAGAUUUUCCUAUUACUUUAGACAUUGUUUUAUAUUUUUUUGUAUACACAUUUACAAGUUCUCCCCUGAAACCCAGCUGUGCUAUUUUCUUCUUGCCUGUUUUGUUGUAUAAAAUGCAACUUCAGUAAAAGCCGUUUAUUAGGAACAUGGAUAAUUGAUAUAAUCGGGUUGUUGAAACAAUAUGUAUAGGGACAGACUGGUUGUAUAUUAAAACCAAUCGUUUGUUUGGAACAAUUGGUUAGUUGACACAUUUCACAUCCAUCCCAAAAUGUUCCUAAUAAGCCUAGUAGAAAAGUUGUUCAUAGGCAAAAAAAAAAAAUAUAAAAUACAAAAGAACUGAUCAAUUUUGAUUUAAUUAAAACGUUUUUUUUUAUACAAAUUGUUAAAAAAAAGUAGGUCUUUAUAAAUCUGUUAAAAAAAUGGGUCAUUUAAAAAGAGUAAGUUAUAUUGGGCAUAAAUUCAAAUCUAAUGUCAUCUACCUAAAAUAUUUAGUGUUACUUAGAAACAUAAUCACUAAUCACACUAUACAUAUUAUCUUGAAAACAGCUACUCUCAAUUAUAAACAAUUAAUGUUCUGUUUGAUGAGAAAUGUUCAUAUUUAAUAAUAUAAAUGCUAGACACCCACAAUGGCAAAGACUGGACAUAUGUAAAAAAAAAAAAAGACUGUCUGGUCCUAUGCUAAUUAUUACUUUUGUAAUCAUACUGUAUUUAUUUUUUUAGCAUUUAGCUUGGCACAUACCUAUUUCCGAUAAAUUUCCUAAACAAACAGUCUCUGUCAACAAUUUUUUAAAACUAUACAGAGAAUUUGUGCAAUUAUUUAAAAAUGAAGCUUAUCUACAUGUAUGUUAUCCUCUGCCACAUCAUCCAAUAUCUGGUAAUUAUUUAUUACAUUUAAGGUAUGUAUUCAUUUUCACCUCUACAAUUUGUGGUAUUUUAUUGUUCCUAGAUAUAUUGUUUUGCGUGGAUACUGAAGGUAGACCAGUGACUAUUCCAGAAACUAUGAAAAAUAAAACUGUAUUCAACAAUUUUGAAAAACCACCAGAAUUAGGAAAAUGGUUUGCAAUUAUGAUCAUUACAAGAAAAUCGGUGUUACAUGAUAGUAAUAAGAUAAAUGGUCCAACAAUAUGUAAAAUCAGACAACUAAAGAAACUUGGCUACGAACCAAUUUUGGUAAAGUUAAUUUAAAAUUUAAAAAAUAUGCAACUAAUAUUCUUUAUAUUUUAAUCAUACAAACUAGAUUAUAAAUUAUAAUAUUAUUUAAUUUAAUUUUGAAUUGAUCAUAAUUUUAUUAAUUUGCAGUUUAACUUCAAUGAAUUUGGAAAAGAGUAUGAUAUUCAACAAUUAGUCUAUGAACAACUGAAAAUCCAUGCAAUAAAUUUAAAUUAAAAAAAAACUUAGUU